CGUGUGAGCGACAUGUGUCUGUGUUGAGAAUUCUAUCCACGAUAGUACGGCGGCCGAGGGUGCGCCGAGAGAGAAGAUCGGUAGCAUUCUCCUCUCCUAUAUCCGAUACUUUCCGUCGCCUAUACGGGACUAUCGAUGCAGACCUUACGGAAGAAAAACAGUCCGUGCAAGUUCAAGAACGAACCAACCCGAUUUCUUGGGGAGGGUGUGUCGUUCAAGGCGAAGCUGAUUGGGAUAUUGGAAGUAUCGGAAGCACGCGGGGACCGGAUGUGCCAGGCAGCUUUGGCGGAUCUGAAGAUGGCGAUUCGAGCUGCCGGUGAACACAAACAACGAAUCGCCGUCCAGGUCAGCAUCGAUGGAUUACGCUUGCGGGACGAAAAGUCUGGGGAUUGUCUGUAUCACCAUCCUGUACAUAAAAUAUCGUUCAUUGCACAGGAUAUGAGCGAUUCGAGAGCUUUUGGAUACAUUUUUGGGUCACCAGAUACUGGUCAUCGUUUCUUUGGCAUCAAGACAGAUAAAGCAGCUAGCCAAGUGGUAAUCGCGAUGCGAGAUUUAUUUCAAGUGGUAUUCGAAUUAAAAAAGAAGGAGAUCGAGAUAACAAAGCAACACUUGGAGCAAAAUGCUAUAAACGUUAAUAAAUUUCACACUACUGGCAUCUUUGUUGAACCUACCCCCGAUACUAAAGGUGCAGCAGGAUCAGAGUCUUCUCUACAUCGGGUAAGGAAUACUAAUUCGGAGGUAGACAAAUCGGCUGACAAACGAAACGAGUCCCAAAGUGGCAUAAUAGCGGAUUUAUUAAAUUUACAAUUCGAAUUGAACUCUCUGCAGCAAGGUGUUCACCAGAUGGACAAAAUUACUCCCGAAAACCCACCACCUUCCACCGACGAUCUCUUUGAAACCGAUCCAUUUGGUGAUUCGUUCGCGAAUAUGAAGCUGGAAGAUACAGUGCGACCAAUUUUACCACCACCACCGUCAUCUUCCAAAAGAGGCCACCUAGAUCGACAGCAAACGGUUCCAGGCGCUCAGUCGUCGAUCACGUCCAGUCCAGCAACCACUUUAACUAGCAAGACCCCUCCACUUCAAAGCACCAUUCAGUGGUUCGACAAGGAAACCGAAAAUCUUUUUAGCGACAGUGAACUCACAAGCUCGACCAAAAAUACACCAGUUAAAAAGGAGGUGGAAGAGACUCAAGCUAAAAGUCCACAAGUAGAUGUCUUCACGGAAUUAGAUCCGUUAGGAACCGGCUUAGUCAAACCCUACGUGGACAAGAAGGACUUCUUCCAACACCUGAAGAAUCCUCCCAAGAAAGUUCUGAAAGAUUUAGUGUCUACAAGCUCGGCGGAUACGUUCCCAACGAACUUUAAUGUUCUCUCAGACCCGUUAGAAUCAGCAAAACCGCGAAACGACGUGAUCUCUAAAGAAAAUCAAUUCGAAGAUAGCAACUUUGCAAAUUUCGACCGAUUCGACGAGAACGAAGCGAUUCAAUCAGUUUCCAUGCGCUCUGAUUUAUCCAAGAGAACAGAUCUUACACCUAAAACGACUCACCAUCAACCCCUUUCUGUGUCUCUGCCACCCGAAGACUCUUCUACCUCGAAAGCCUCUGUAGUCCCAACUGUGCCCACUACUGUAGGUGUUUCUCUGCUUGGUAGAAUAGAUAAGGACCCAACGGAACCCACGCAGACUCUGGUAAAGCUUCCCAGUCCCAUAAAGUCUACACGCAAAAAGGAAUUUGAUAACGAUAUAGCUAGUAACAAAGGACAGUCCACGGAUAAGCCGUUCUCCGUCGAUUUCUCGGCAGUCAACGAAUCACCAGCGUCUCCAUUGAAGUCUUGUUCCUCCGAUGCCAAUUCUAGACUGUCCAGUUCGUCUGCAGAGCUGGAACUCGUACCUGAACCUCCUCCGCGAGGAAUUGCCAACAUUUUGAUCAACCCUCCGCCUUUGCCCCCUAAGAAGCAAGCAGUUAGGGGUGUCGUGAAGCCACCUCCAAGGCCACCGCAUACGGACACUUACUUCCAUUACGACUUCCCUGAAAGAGAACCUGUGGCGACUAAGGAUAGGGACAAGAGCCCGACGAAAGAAGCGAUUAGUCAGUCUGAUGACAAUUUCAGUCCACCACUUCAAUUAUUUGGUAAAUCGGAUUUGAUAAGCGCCAUGACCACGUCUGCGUUCGAAGAUUCCUUUAGCUCUAUGGUGCCCACCACGAAUUUGCCUACAUUUUUUACUACCACCACCACCACCACGUCUACUGGACCCAAGAAGACCAAACCUUCGUUGGAUAUCACACUGAGCCAAUUAACGUCAGCCAAUUUGGAUGAGUUGGCUAGUAGUUUAGGAAUGACUGUCCAAGAAUUAACUAGUCUCACACUUCAGCAGCUGACUGAAUGUUUGGCUACUCUUUCAUCCAAGGAAGGUGCAUCUAGUGAUACCGAAGAACCAGUUUCUGUGAAACAAGAACAAGUCAGUGCUGUGCAAGCACAACCUGUGUCUAAUGUGGUGCAACCGAAGCCGUUCAACGAACCACAGCCUUUUACUAUGAACUUUGACCAGGAAACUAAACAGGACGCUACUUACGAUAAGUACGCUGUUUUUAGGGAACUAUUAGAGCUGGAGCAGUUGGAGAAAAGUGAAGAAAGUGCAACGAAGGAGUCUACCGAAGAAGAGACAUCUUCAGUGACCAAGGAAGAGCUCGAAAUUGCUAGUCAGCAACAGGAAGCUAGUGACGACAGUAGGUCAGAAACUUUGGCUACUUUGGUAAAUCUGACAGUGAAACUUCCACCUAGUAACGAGGAUCUUAGUAAGGAAGAGUCGACUGAGGCAAAGUCCAAAGACACAAGGGAAUCUUCUCCAAAUUUGACGUUUGAAAAUAUUCAAGCACUUGAAGCAGAGACUAAAGUUGAACCUGUAACAGAGUCUGAAGCAUCUACAGAUCUGCUGGCAAAACAGGUGGAAGAAGAAGAAUCUGAUAGGACGAAACCUAUAGUGGACAUCGAGGAGAACACAGAAGAAACCGAAUCUACUGAAAAACCUAGCGAUUCCAACGAGGAUUCUGAUAAACCAACUACUGAAACAAUUACAGAAGAGAGGAGUAGCCCCUUAGUAGUAGAGAAAGUCGAAGUAAAGUCUUCGAUAUCGACAUCUAGCGAUAAAUAUGCUGCUCUGCGUGAGAUUAUAGGCGAGCCAGAACCUCCGGCUAAACAAUCUGAAGAAGAUACGCCGAAUUCCAACAGGAUGUCUCCUGUUAUUCAAUUACCAACUCAAUCAAAGACUUCAGCCGAAGUGGAGCUACUAAAUCUGUUUUCUGAAAUUCCUCCUCCUCCUAGUCCCCAGAAACAGCCCAAUAAGGAAGAAGCGCAAUAUAAUAGCGCAAUGGGGCUGGACAUUUUCGAGGAGAUCAAGAUAUUGAGUACCAAGGGACACGCUGCAAGGAUAAGACCUCUAAUCCCUGAAAGCAUCUUCUGUCCAUUUACAGAGUUGAAACCAGAAAGGGAUGAAAGCAAAGAUGACGGCAAUUGGACCAAGUUCGACUCUAGUCUUUUCGUUUCAGACAGACCACCUUCUGAACAUCCUCCUUCGAUUAGCGGCACUUCCCCAUGGUCUCCCGAUGGCAAAGAGUUUCACAGAGAGGCUUCUUUCAAAGGUAGCGUGUAUCAACAAUCAGGUGACAGCGACAACGAAUGGAAAGACGAAGAAGAGAGCGAGGAGAGCAAUGCAUGGAGAGCAAUGAGGAGAGCAAUGAAUAAAAGAGACAGGGGCUUCCGGGAUAGAAUGAUGGAGAAGUCCCGUGACGCGGCGUGGGCCAAAAAUUCCGGUCACAGACCUCGUGACUCCUCCCUCUGGUACGAUGAGAGUCAAUGGGAGAAAGAAUCCAAGCACUACCCCCAUAGAAAGAUGCAAUAUAAGGACGACGAGGACCAUUACGAGGCUCACUGGAAGUGCAGAUCCAUGCCUCAACGUUGGAACUGGCCACACGAGCACGGACCUUUCUACGACGACGACAGGAAAAGGAAAAUGAUGCUAUGGAAGGAAGACAGAUUCGGUAGUCAAGAAAGCAUGGGGUACGACGACGAAGACAGGCGGUCUAGGAGGAAGUACGAGAGAAGAAGGUGGGAAGAGGAUGCUAGAUUUUGGAAUAGAAGAGCAGCAGGUCCACCAGACUCUGACUAUCCUAGCAGAGAAAGCUACUAUUACUACAGAGAAGGUAGAGAACGACCACACGAGUACCCGUCAGCCUGGAACGAAGACUAUGGCUCUGAUAGGCCAGGAGACGAUUCUCCAAGAUACAACCAGUCUGGUAGAAAGAGACAUUGGCCCAAGAGGCCCAACAGUGCGAACGAGGGACGCAAUGUGGACAUGGUAUACCCCGAAUCCCGUGGCAAAUUCAGUACUUCUAGGUCUGAGUGCAACGACAACGACUCUGAUCCUUAUCUACGACCAUCGCAGCGUUCUAGGAGUCGCCAGAGCUACUGGGGCAGCGACCAGGGGUACGACAGUUGGGUAGAGAGACCCUAUUGGUCGGAGGAACCCGACACCAAGAGCGAAAGUCUACACCGGAAGAGAAUACCCAGGCACAAACCUCGCCAGCCUUACGCGAUGACCCAGAGCCCAUUCGAAGAUGAUUUCGCUCAAAGCGUAGAGCACGUGGAUCCCUCGACUUCGGAAUCUCUGGCCACGGUGGAACCGCGAGUCCGUUCCGACGGAAGCGACCAGAAACCAUCACCGCAGAGUCGUUCUUUCCCAUCGAGGUACCCAAAGCCACUCAGGAGGGUAAUGCCCAUGGAGGAGGUCGAGAGAUUUAGUUACUUCGAAGACGAUCUGUCGUUUACGGCUGCCGGGAUGAGCGAAACGCCUGAUCGGCAGAGGCUGCCUUCCGAGCCAAAGGCAACUCCAGAGGAGCUUCCCAGUGAGGCCAAGGAUGCUCACAAGCCGUCUGACGACUUUGUGUCUGGCGAUAACGGCCAUGACUCUUUCUUCAAUGGACAUCUGAGAUACGACGACGACGACGCGUUCGCUUUUAAGGCAGAAAUGGAGGACAACGUGUCGGAUCAUCGAGCCACCACCUUACCUCUCAAGAACCAUGCUCGACAAGGGAAGUAUUCCGCUGGGAGUAACAAUAAUAAUAACAAUAAUAAACCCAGGAACGACCAGCAUAUAAGGAAGUCCGAGUCAGUGAACAUAUUCGUCAGGGAGAACGAUCCUUUCGGUGAUGACGAUUUCUUCGAUUGAUGUAACGUCCAGGUGGUGUUAACCGUAACAGGCACGGUGCUGGACAUGUUCAAGAUAUAACACGCGUCAGUUCUGGCUUUUUCGAGCUGGCGUUGGUGCCGGGCUGAUUCGACGGAGUGCGUUUCCUUUCUCUGUUCAAGAACGUACCGGGUCUUGAGCUCACAUUGCUCCAUUUCAGCGUAGUCCUCGAGCUAGAGAUGGACAAUUGUCGCGUACCACCUACGUUUUCCUCGAUUGGCUUCAGAUUAUAGCUGAGGCAAUAAGUAUCUGCUCUUCGAGAUCACCGAGCGAUGAAUUUUAACAUAGCGUUUACUAUCUACAGUAUGAUGCAUUUUGCGAAAGCUCGUAUUUGCUAGUUGUAAUAACAUGCGUUGAUCUUGCUUUAUUAUUUUUAUUAUUUAUUAUUCCAAUUGCUUUAACUUCUCAAGUACUCUUCGGCAUUUAUACUCUUUCGUUCGAAUUGCAACUUUCUGUAUCAGAGAGGAAUAUGAAAAGCGAAUUACAGUAGGGACCACCAUAUUGUAUUCAUCAGUGGCUUUAACAGUGUCUUUAAUUCAAGGCUAGUUUCAGAAAGUAAGAGUAUUGUCAAAAGAAAGAAAUCGUUUCACAGCGAUUUUUCUAUUCUUCCAGUAUACAAUUGGAAUGACCAGACUUAGAAAUGUAUACUCUGUUAUAUUUUAUAGAACACAGAAAUUUCGAACGUUAAUUCAUAAAUGGCGUUUGGAGUCUGAAGCUUAAAAUGCGUCUGAUUUGUGCAGAAUUUUGCGUUUCGCUAUAUGGUUACACCAUAUAGAUCCCAUCAACUGUACAUAAUCGUAACUUAUGUAUUUCGAAUGGCGAAUUUUCGAUGUAUCGAGUACACGUGUAUCAGAAUCUCCAAAUUCGUUUAACAGAGACAGAAAUGGUGUCUCUGAACGAGUAAUGCUCAUUGCCUCUACUAUAGCUAAGUUGUUUAGUUGAGACUAUCGUUAUAUCGCGCGAACGUGAACUAGAAACGAUUUCAUGGAGCGCAAAUGCGUCCAUGGUCACCCAUGAUGAUGUCCAUCGGUGAAGAUGAUUCGUCUCGACGUAUCGAUGGGGUACGAGCGACGUACCGACUGCUAGUCAUUGUUUUAAUAAAUUUGUACAUAAUGUUAUAUCGGCGUUAGCGUGAAAUUGAUUCGCCGACCGGGAUCUGUAUAUGUGCGUGCAGUUUCUAUGGCCGAUUGUUUACCGCGAUCCCGGCGCGUACUUUCAAUUACCGAUCACCGUUCCAUCGAGCGUAAUUAUGCUUAGGUUCGAGAAAAGUGGAGUGCUCGGUGAAACUCGCGGGAAAUUCGAAUUUAUCGAACUCCGACUUGGACUCGCUUUUGGGCAUAUUCCAGGAUUACACGGUGAUGAUUCCUUGUUAAUCAUUAAUUAAUGUUGAUAAGUGAUAUUUAUAACA